UAUACGAACGGCGAAAGCCAAAUCGCUGCAUUUCCAUACCGUCGCUUCGUGUUGCAUCAAAUCACAGUUGGAUAACGAGAUGCGGAAAUUAUUCUCAUUGGUUUUAAUUUUCGUCGCGUUGGCACACGACGUCAAGUUAGUCGGGGUGAACGGAUCGCUGGUGAAUGGAAUAAUCGAUCAACUCUCGGAAGGUUUGCGAAAUUUAUUGAGCUCGGUCCUCAAGGACGUCGGGGGUCUGCUGACUGGCCUGACUUUAGGGGUUGAUAAUCUCUCGACGAACGUCCUUGGGACAGUUUCCGAUCUUGUGGACAACCUUAUCUCUAUGGUAGACGGUCUUCUGGGGGAAAUUUUGACCGCGAACGGCCGAGGGUUGGACGAAUGUGAAAAUCUCCUCGGCGAUCUGGAGCUCGUAAAAGAAAAAACCUCGGAAGCAGUCGACGAGUGUAGGGUGACUUUGGACGAACGGACGGCCGUUAUUUCGGGGAAAUUAAAUGCGGAAGAGGAUCGCGGCAACGACGUAAUUUCCCGGGUGACGCAGAGCCUGCAAAAUUGUUUGAAAGGGCUGUCCGUCACCUCGUGUAUCUCCAAGGUGCAACGAUCCGCGGCGAAGGAGAUCCAGGGGGUCGUAAAAAACGUGCAGAGCCUCAGUCAGAGGAUAUCCGCGACCUCGGACGAGGUGACGAAAUGUCUAAAUUUCGCCGAGGAAAAUGGCCGGGAAUCGGCGAACGAGAUUUAUCAAAAGAUUCAGCUGUGCGUGGCGAAGAGUACGACCGAGUGAUAAUCGUUCUCGUUCGGUAUUUUGUUUUUACUUUGUUCUAAAAAUGUCGUUCGAUCGAACCGUUAGAACGGAAUCGUUAGGAUAGCGAUUUUUCACCGCGUAGCCGAAAUAAAAAGGAAUCCGAA